CAGCCGAAGAGACACUUCCCAGUUGCCACAACUACUGUACGGGGCGACAUGGAUCAUGGAUACCCCUAGGCAUUCAGCCUGGUCCAGGAACACCAUGAUAGAGUGGCGUCUCCCGUCGUGAAGAUGAGCUUGUAUAUGUAGGGAUCCUGGGAAUCUGUUUGCACACGAGUCUGCUCCUCCACAUCUUUCUCUUGUCACGAUGUUGGUCGCAUCUCUUUUGGCAGUGAUAGCGUUCGGCUACACCAACGCCAAAGUCAUCACUCGGCAGCAGGAACCCUUCGAGGCAUGCGUUGUUAAUGCUGUUGACGGCAAAACCGAGCAGUAUGCUCUGCCUAGCGGUGUCAACUAUACGACGUCUUUGAACGUUUACAAUUUGGAUCACAUCUACAUCCCAUCAGCUGUGGCAUACCCAACCAGUGCAGAACAAGUCGCCGCACUCGUGAAGUGUGCAUGCUCAGCAGGUGUCGCUGUGCAGGCACUGUCGGGCGGACAUAGCUUUCUAAACUUUGGCCUUGGAGGACAAAAUGGCUCGCUGUCCAUUCGCCUCGGUUUCAUCAAUGACAUAUUCUACGACGUUUCGGCAGAGACGAUGAGCUUCGGCACCGGUAAUCUUCUCUCGACCCUCACCAAAGAGCUCGAGGCAAACGAGCGGACCGCGGCAUACAGUAGCAUUGGUUCGAUAGGGACAGGUGGCCAUUUCGCUAUCGGAGGUCUGGGACCUCUGUCGCGCCUCCACGGCUUAGCAGCUGAUCAGAUUGUGGAAGCGGAAGUUGUGCUUGCUGACGGGUCCAUUGUCACGGCAUCGGAGAGCGUGAACGAGGAUAUCUUCUUCGCCAUUCGUGGUGCCGCCUGGUCUUUCGGUAUCGUCACAUCAAUCACGAUCAGAACGCAACCGAUUGUGCCAUCCAUUCCGUAUUCCUACGUCGUUCCUGGCAACUCUUCAACACUUGCUGCAGUCUUGUCGGCAUGGCAAUCUCUGGUCACGCAGAAGCAGCUCCCACGGGAAUUCAGUUCCACUGCCUACAUCUAUGAGGGCUUUGCUGUUCUCAUUGGAACCUACUUUGGAUCCCAGGUGGACUUCUCCAAGGUCGGUUUGGAUAGCAUCACUGCCCACGCCAUUCCAACACGCACGGUUCUCGACGUUCUGGACCAGGCGAACAUCACCGCCUCCGGAGCCAAACCUUCCAGCAUCUUUUCCACCCUCUUCACCUCUCACACCCCCGCUCACUUUUACGCCAAAAGCUUGAAAUUCACACAAGACACUCUCCCAUCCCCUCCCGUCCUGACAGAAAUCGUCGACUACGCUCUCGGCAACGCCACCGAUCCGGGUACUCCCCUCUGGUUCAUCCUCUUCGAUCUCGCCGGCGGCAAAAUCAACGAUGUGCCUUCCAAUGCAACAUCCUAUUUCCAUCGUGACGCUUUACUCUGGUUACAGAGUUAUACUGUCAACCUCGUUGGCGACGGCGGCGUUUCUGCUCGUCAAAAGGGUUUUUUGAAUGGUUUGAAUAAGAAGAUUCGGGAGUUGGUUCCCGGAGUGGAUGAUGCUGCGUAUCCGGGUUAUGUGGAUGAUGGGCUGGAGGAUUUUGCGACGAGUUAUUGGGGUGGGAAUGUCGAGAGGUUGAGAGGGAUUAAGGCGAGAUAUGAUUUUGAAAAUGUUUUUCGGAAUGGGCAGAGUAUUCGGGUUUGA